CCGGCAUGUCGCAGGGGCUCCCGGCCGCUGGCGGCGUCCUGCAGAGGAGCGUCGCGGCGCCGGGGCAUCAGCAGCAGCCGCAGAGCCCUGAGGAGGAUGACAGGAAGGUGCGAAGGAGAGAAAAAAACCGAGUUGCUGCUCAGAGAAGUCGGAAGAAGCAGACCCAGAAGGCUGACAAACUCCACGAGGAAUACGAGUGCCUGGAGCAAGAGAACGCCGUGCUGCGGCGGGAGAUCGGGAAGCUGACGGAGGAGCUGAGGCACCUGAGCGAGGCGCUGAAGGCUCACGAGAAGAUGUGCCCGCUGCUGCUGUGCCCUGUGAACUUUGUGCCCAUGCCCCGGCCGGAUGCCGUGGCCAGCUGUCUGCCACCCUGAAGCCCCAGGACAGGCUCUGGGGCUUCUUCACGCCUGGAGAUAGGGUAUGCGGCUGCAUCUGCAUGUGGGGGAGUGGACAGCCAGCCGCGUCCUCCUGGGAACCUGACUCAGAGCCCUGGAGUGGAUGCAGCGUGAGGCCGCCCCCAGGAGUCACUUUCCAUCCCCCUUGGCAGCUACACGGUUCUGCCUGUAGGCAGGAUCCUCUCCUCUGGAAUUUGAUAAU